CCCUCAAAGGUUACAUUUCCGUUUGUGUUUCAGCUGCUUUGUCGUAGUAGAAACUACGAGAAACUUGACAGUGAGUAGAAAAGAGUUGCAAAGAAGUACAUAAGAUAGAGGUUUUUCAUCGCCAUUUAACGUUUUGCAAAUAAUUUUUAAUCAAAGAGCCAUUAGUGGCAGACCAAGUUCCUCUUUUUUUGUUAGUGACUGAAAAAACGUUCCGUUUUAGCAUGUUGGCCUGAGGAUAGAGCGACUGACCACAGGGAAGUAGUUUCUCCCAACUGUUGAAGCCAAAGUAAAGUCCUAUUUAUAGCUAAGUAUAUUUUAUAAGCACAAAGUAAUUAAAAUAGCGUGUUGCUCGAUGUGUUUCGGUUUUAAUUAACCAGUGCCAACGAAGGAAAUGCUAGCGGACAGCUAGCAGCACUGCCUGACGAGCUGAGUCCAAGGUUCAGGUGAGAGUUAAGUAAAACACGUUACGCCAGAUAACGAUACUCUAGGCUGGGGUAAAAUGACCGAGUCUGGUGGUGACAGCCGCGCCAAAACGUUAAAUUUCAACGUUGGAGUGCUCGGACAUGUCGACAGCGGGAAGACGUCGCUGGCCAGGGCGCUGAGCAGCACAGCCUCCACGGCUGCCUUCGACAAGAACCCGCAAUCCCGUGAGAGGGGCAUCACGCUGGACCUCGGGUUCUCCUCUUUCACGGUGGAUCUACCCGAUCAUCUGCGGGACAGCGGGGGACAGCAGCACUAUGACAGCCUGCAGUUCACGCUUGUUGACUGUCCGGGACACGCCUCUCUCAUCCGGACUAUCAUUGGGGGUGCCCAAAUCAUUGACCUGAUGAUGCUGGUGGUGGACGUGGUGAAGGGGGUGCAGACUCAGACUGCAGAGUGUCUGCUGAUAGGAGAGCUGACUUGCCCUCGCAUGGUGGUUGUCCUGAACAAGAUUGACCUCCUGCCACCCAACAAGAGACAGAGUGCCAUUGAGAAGAUGACCAAGAGACUGCACAAAACACUGGAGAACACCAGAUUUAAGGAAUGUCCAGUUAUUGCUGUGGCAGCGAAGCCUGGGGGCCCAGAGGCUCCUGACACAGAGGAGCCACAGGGAGUGCCAGAGUUAAUAGAGCUUUUAAAGAAACAGACAUACCUCCCUCGGAGAGACCCCGGAGGUGACCUUCUGAUGGCUGUGGAUCAUUGCUUCUCCAUCCGUGGUCAGGGAACAGUCAUGACUGGCACCAUCCUGCAGGGGUCACUGGCCAUCAAUGACACUGUGGAAAUCCCAGCACUGAAGGUAACCAAGAAGAUAAAAUCAGUGCAGAGGUUUAGGAAGCCAGUAUCGGGGGCCAUGCAGGGGGAUCGUGUGGGAGUUUGUGUGACACAGUUUGACCCGAAACUGUUAGAGCGGGGGGUAGUAUGCACCCCAGGGUCCCUGCGCACCCUCUAUGCAGCUGUCAUCUCUGUCAGGAAGAUAGGCUACUUCAAGGGCUCUCUUGCCACCCGUGCCAAGUUCCACAUCACCGUGGGUCAUGAGACAGUUAUGGCGAAGGUGACUUUCUUUGGUCUGCCACCCGUGGGUGCCUCUGAGCUCCCCUCUGACACUAAACCACCUCCAUCACUGCCCUGCUCCGUGGAAACACCCUUCACCUUCGACAGGGAGUACUUCUACCAGGACGAAUACAUCACGGGCCAGGGAGAGACGAGUUCAGGACCUGACCCAGAGCAAUGGGCCUUGUUGGAGUUUGAGCGGCCUGUCACAUGUCCCCCACUCUGUCUCGUAAUUGGCUCCAAGCUGGACACAGACAUCCAUGCCAAUGCAUGCCGGUUAGCCUUCCAAGGUCGCCUGUUACAGGGGUUUGAAGAUAAAAGCUAUGCUGAGACUGCCCUGCCUCGUCUGCGCAUCUACAAGACCAAACACAAGGAGGGACAGGUGGAGAGGGUGAGUGAUGAUUACACCGUGAUUGGCCGCAACCUGUUCAAGAAGGAGACCAACCUCCAGCUCUUUGUGGGGCUGAAGGUCACGCUGUCCACAGGCGAGAGUGGCGUUAUCGAAGGUGGGUUUGGACAGAGCGGGAAGUUCAAGAUUCGGAUACAAGAGGGUCUUUGCCCAGAAACCAAGCAGUUGUUAUCCUCCACCUCUAAGAAGAAAGGAAAGGGUGGAAGCAAAGGUGGACCAGCAAAUGAAGAGGAGCCCAAAGCAGACUGUCAGCCUGUUAGCAUUCACUUGCAUUUUAAACGGUAUGUCUUUGAUCCCCAUAAAAAGAUGGUUCAGUCUUGACCUCGGCUGCACUCACGUCAGCCUGACACUGUGUCACAGUGCUGGACACGGGGAGAGACAGCUUCAGAGGUCAUGUAGAGGUGAGGGGAAUACCAGCCUCUGUAUCAGGGUUGCGAUAACUUGGGCCCGGAGACAGUCUGCUGAAAUGCAAUGACUGAGGAAUGCUGAACGCAUGUGAAACAGUGAUUGUUUUAUCUCCCUUUAUGGAGAUGGACUUAAUCCAGUUUGCUCCAUCACAAGGCUAGAAGUUCCUCCUCUUUUCCUGAUGCAUUUGUCUUAAAUAAUCUGAACUUUUUUUUCUUCUUUGUUGAUAAAGUCUGAAUCAAUUCUUUUGAUUAGCAGCAAUCAAUUUUUUUUUCUUUUCUGGAUGUUUCCAAUUUAUUGGCAUAAAUACAUUGGCUAGUGUUAGAGAAAUACUGAAGUCACUGAUUUCCUCAGCUUUGUUCAAAUCUCUCACUGUCAGCAUCUUGCUCUCCAGCUGUGAUAAAGGUCAUGUUAUGUUUCAGGCUGGGAUUCAUUGGCUGCUGCUGUGUGGUUUCGAAAUCAUUUGUCCAUAUUUCAAUAAUUUUUCUUUUCCUUUCAAUUUUUUUAAAUGGCAAGAACUGAAUUUUAGCCAUGAAAAGCAGUUAUAUCAGAGGGUUUUUUAGUUGACUUGAACAGUAAUCCUUGAAAAAUAAAGACAAACUUGUGCUGAAA